AUGGCCAUGGACCCCAACCUCAACAGCCUCCUGAAAUGGAGCAUCAACCAACAAAACACCGACGCCAAUGCCACAGGUGUCGCGCCCACAGAAUCCGCCGCCCGCGGCCUCACACCCGAAAUGCUCUCGAGUCUUUUUGGCGGCCCCUCCGACGCGGACCUAAUGAAAGCGGCGAUGGCAGCGCUGCACUCCGACGAUGUCAAUCUCGAGAAUAAGAUGAUUGCGUUCGACAAUUUCGAGCAGAUGAUUGAGGGUAUUGAUAAUGCGAAUAAUAUGGAGCCGUUGGGGCUGUGGACGCCGUUGGUGCAGUUGCUUGAGCAUGAAGAGGCGGAUAUGAGACGGAUGUCGGCUUGGUGUAUCGGAACUGCGGUGCAGAAUAAUGAGAAGGCGCAGGAUAAGUUGAUUGUGUUGAACAUUUUCCCCAAGCUGGUCUCGAUAGCCACCUCCGAUCCCGCCCCCGCCGCUCGCAAGAAAGCUGUUUAUGCGAUUUCCUCCGCUGUCCGGAAUUACCAGCCUUCCAUGGACGAGCUCGUCAAGCACCUUCCCGAUGGAUACCCCCGUGGCGAGAAGGUCGAUGCUGGUGACAUGGAGGCUGUCGAUGCGAUCAUCGACAAGCUGCGGGCUCACCCAUGUGAACCUUCUGCAUGA